AUGAAGUUGACGCGUGCACAUCAAUCUACGCGGCCCACGGUGAACCAACGCUCUUCCAUCCAUCCAUCCAUCCGUCCAUUCGCAAAGCAAGCACAGCUAUAUAUAUAGGCAUCCAUCCAUUCAUCCAUCCAUCCGUUAUCGAAAUCGAAAUAGCAAAUAUGUCUGAAGAACACCUGGAAGGAAAUACCGGUGCCGAGGAGGAGGUUGCCCCCUCCGUGGACGUGCAUUUUGAGCCCGUCAUGAAGCUGGAGCAGCUCGAUGAGAUUAAGACUGGGGAGGAAGAUGAUGAGGCGCUCUUCAAGAUGCGCUCGAAACUCUUCCGAUUCGACAAGGGCCUGAACGAGUGGAAGGAGCGUGGAACCGGUGACGUGAAGUUGCUGAAGCACAAGGAGAGCCAGAAGAUCCGCAUCCUGAUGCGUCGUGAGAAGACCCACAAGAUCUGUGCCAACCACUACAUAACAUCCGAGAUGGAGCUGAAGCCCAACGUCGGCUCCGACAGGUCCUGGGUGUGGAGCACCCUGGCGGAUGUUUCGGAGGGAGACGCCACUCACGAGCUCCUUGCCAUCCGUUUUGCGAACUCUGAGAAUGCGAACAAGUUCAAGGAGGCUUUCGAGGAUGCGCAGAAACACAACGCCGGCGUGGGUUCGAAGAGUGCUCCUGCCCACGAGGAGCUCAAGCAUGAGGAGCCCAAGCAUGAGGAGCCUGCGCCCGCUAAGCACGAGGAGCCCAAGCAUGAGGAGCCUGCGCCCGCUAAGCACGAGGAGCCCGUGAAACACGAGGCACCAGUUGAGGAGCCCAAGCCCGCGCACGAGGAACCGAAGGAGCCUUCUGCACCUGCUACAGCGGAGCCAGCAGCGCACGAGCCGCACAAGGAAAUCGUUGCUGAGGGUGCUCACACUGAGACACCGAAGGCGGAGGGUGCUACGGAGGAGCACACAAAGGCGGAAUAGCCGAUCUCUGCGUCCCACCCCUUUCAAUGUUCCCGUUCUCACCCUUUCUUCAACCUCACCCCUUCCCUUCCCAUUCCCUAUUCCCCUCUACAUCGGAUGUCUAUCUUUUGAGUCCUCUCUCAUCUGCCUCCCCCCUCUGAUUGUUACUUUUGGCUUGAACUCAUACACCGUGGGUAAUACUAUGCGCCCGGAAUAUCUCUCCCCUCUUUCAUUCACCCUUUUGGACACAUUGACAAAUUCUUCGGCCGCACUCAUGUACAGUACCUAAGACUGCCUUACCCG